AUGAAAACCAAGAGUGGGGUGCCUCUUUCUGACCCAGCGGCUGCCCAGCUUUGGCGCUUAUGGACUACUCGUUUCUCCCACCCAGAUCAUAAGCUCGGAUAUGACAUGAUUGCUCAUCGAGACUCCGUGGCUGACAAAAUAUGCGAGGAAAUCUUGGGCCAAGAGCUAGUGAAAUCGCUCCUCAGAAGUACGGAAAAAUGUGAUCUGGAUAGAGCCUUCCUUGACAUGCAGAAGGUCUUCAGGUCAGCCGCUGAACUUUCGGUGAAAAUUUCAUGCAACCUUGAGCGUCUGGAGUUCAAGACUCUCGAUACUUUGGGCCAUGCCUUUCAUCACCCUUCGGUGGAGAUAGAAUUGGCCGAGGAUUAUGGAGGGGCUGAGAAGGAACAUUGUUUUGAUGGCCGCCAAAUUCUCUUCUUAGAAUUUCCCGCCAUGUAUCGUUGUGGAGAUCACAAAGGUCCCUUUUAUAAGGGUAUCCUUCAUAAAGCGGUUGUCUAUGUUGAGGAUGUAGAUUAG